UGAAGCUCGUGACGUUGGUCCUCCUACUGGCUACCCUCGUGGUGGCCCACCUACCGCCGUGCACUCAGCGCAAUCGAAACGCAGUGUUCUCCGCUGUCUCACAAUCGGCCUUGAGCGCAGCGUGUGCGGGCGAUGCUGGUCUAUCGGUGGAGAACCUUUUUGUCUUUGACGCGUACACGCCAGCACACGUGACGGCAAUGACCAGCAGCCCCAGCUGCAAGGAUCUCUAUGCAUACGUCCAAGCCGUUGCUAGCCAGCAAGCGUGCGCCGAGGCGGCGUACAUCAAGGCGGUAUCGUGGCCCAUGGUCACCGAGGUCGCUCGGAGUGCCACGUAUCCGCGAUCGCUUGUCGGCAGCACCUACAUGGCCGCUUGCUUGGAAGCGGCCGACGUGAGCGUAUUGACAAAGACACUUCCGACGCCAGCGCAGUGGGACCGGCUGCGAUCAACGACGGCGUGCCGCGACUGGUUCUCCGAGGCCGACGCCGCGCUCCGUCGCCUGCCACAUUGCGCCAUUGACACGUCUGGCGUCGACAUUCAGGCCUUGCACCAGCUUGACUUCGACACGUAUGUCGACGUCUUGCAGCUCGUGUCAAGUGUGUUUCGGGAUACGGCAACGACGCAGUUGCUGCAGGUUGCAGCGCUCUUGCCGACACCGUCGGCCGUGCGGCGUCCCGUGUUCAUCGGCGUUGCACUCGCUAGCACUUUGCUGAUGUCGCUCGUGGUCCUUAUUGUCUAUCGCAAGGUGAUGGCGCUGCGUCGUGGCUACGAACACGUCGAUAUGAUCGUCGACGAGAACUCCUGAUCGUCGGUCGUCCCACUCGCAGUAGCAUAUUUUAACAAAUUGAUCUCCAACUUCAACCCGA